AUGGACGCUAAGCUUCAUCCUGCAUCAACCGUUACAAACAUCAAGAGUCUUAUUCCCAUAACCCUAGAGAUGGACAGCGGCCUAUACGCGUCAUGGAGCGAACUCUUUCGCCUCCACUGUCGCGUGUUCCAAAUGAUCCAACAUCUUUCUCCAAAGCCAGAAGCUGAGUCGUCUUCGUCAAAGGCGACCGAAAAAGACAAAGACACAACUACUAAACCUGUCGAUGACUCGUGGGAUCGGCUCGAUGCUAUCGUUUUGUUGUGGAUUUAUGCAACGAUAUCCAGUGAUCUCUUACACACUAUCUUGAAACCCAAUGCUACUGCCCACGGAGCAUGGGUGGCUCUCGAGAAUAUUUUUCAUGACAACAAAAGUUCUCGGGCUAUUCACCUCCUUCACAAGUUCUCCAACACUCGUCUUAGCGGCUUCCCGAACGUCUCUGCAUACUGCCAACAGUUGAAAGUUCUCUCCGAUCAACUUGCAAGUGCCGGUUCACCUGUUUAUAACCAAAGUCUAGUCUUACAACUGAUCAGCGGUUUAAACGAACAAUAUGAGGGGAUCGCUACUAUUUUGCAAAAUCAAGAUCCUCUCCCCAGUUUCUAUGAUGCACGAUCCAAACUUAUUAUGGUGGAAUCUCGCAAAGCCGAAAAAGCACUACAAGCAUCUCAGACAGUCGCUACCGCGCUCACCGCCAACUCCACUCGGUCCGCCGACAAUAGCAAUGGUCCGGGCGACUACCGCACGGAUGGUCAAUAUGGUGGCCAAGGUCGUGGUCGUGGUUCGCGUGGUCGAGGACGUGGUGGGAACUGUUGGGGUCGCGGCCGUGGAAACCAAAACAAUAAUGCAUGGCAACAUCAACAGUGGAAUACUCCUCUUCCUUGGGCUUCACAGUCGUGGUCUACUCCCCCUCCAUGGGCCUCUCAACAGUGGGCCGCCCAAGCCCAGCAGCCAUGGGCCGCUCAUCCGCAACAAUAG